AUGGACAAAGCACUGACGCGUAGUUCUGGCAUGCAUGCCACGGUGUGCACGUGCUCGGGCUGGAGAGGUGAGAACGUCCGUGGAGCGGACACUCCGGCAGCAUUUCGCGUUUGCCAAACGGGAAGACAAACCGCACACUUCGGAGUCUGCGCGCCCCAUGACCAGCCGGUGCGCGCGCACCUGUCGCCGCCCGGACGCUCUCCCCGGGACCGCGAGACCGGGAAGGAAGGCCAGCCCAGAGAAUACUACACAUUGGACUCCAUCUUAUUUCUGCUUAAUAAUGUGCACCUUUCUCAUCCAGUUUAUGUUCGACGUGCAGCUACUGAAAAUAUCCCUGUGGUUAGAAGACCUGACCGAAAAGAUCUCCUUGGGUAUCUCAAUGGUGAAGCAUCAACGUCGGCAAGUAUAGACAGAAGUGCCCCCCUGGAAAUAGGUCUUCAGAGAUCCACUCAAGUCAAACGAGCUUCAGAUGAAGUUUUAGCAGAAGCAAAGAAACCACGAAUUGAGGAUGAAGAGUGUGUGCGCCUUGAUAAAGAGAGACUGGCUGCCCGGCUGGAGGGCCAUAAAGAAGGAAUUGUGCAGACUGAGCAGAUCAGGUCUUUGUCUGAAGCUAUGUCAGUGGAAAAAAUUGCUGCAAUCAAAGCCAAAAUUAUGGCUAAGAAAAGAUCUACUAUCAAGACUGAUCUAGAUGAUGAUAUAACUGCCCUUAAACAGAGGAGUUUUGUGGAUGCUGAGGUGGACGUGACCCGAGAUAUUGUCAGCAGAGAGAGGGUGUGGAGAACACGAACAACUAUCUUACAGAGUACAGGAAAGAACUUUUCCAAGAAUAUUUUUGCAAUUCUUCAAUCUGUAAAAGCCAGAGAGGAAGGGCGGGCACCUGAACAGCGACCAGCUCCAAAUGCAGCACCUGUGGAUCCCACAUUGCGUACUAAGCAGCCUAUCCCAGCUGCCUACAAUAGAUAUGACCAGGAAAGAUUCAAAGGGAAAGAAGAAACGGAAGGCUUUAAAAUCGACACCAUGGGUACCUACCACGGCAUGACUCUGAAGUCUGUAACGGAAGGUGCAUCUGCCCGUAAGACUCAAACUCCUGCAGCCCAGCCUGUACCGAGGCCAGUUUCUCAAGCAAGACCUCCUCCAAAUCAGAAGAAAGGAUCACGGACACCCAUUAUCAUAAUACCUGCUGCUACCACUUCUUUAAUAACCAUGCUUAAUGCGAAAGACCUUCUGCAGGAUCUGAAAUUUGUUCCAUCGGAUGAAAAGAAGAAACAAGGCUGUCAACGAGAAAAUGAAACUCUGAUACAGAGAAGAAAAGAUCAGAUGCAGCCAGGGGGUGCUGCAGUUAGCGUCACUGUGCCGUAUAGAGUGGUAGACCAGCCCCUUAAACUUAUGCCUCAGGACUGGGACCGAGUUGUAGCAGUGUUUGUUCAAGGUCCUGCGUGGCAGUUCAAAGGCUGGCCAUGGCUUUUGCCUGAUGGAUCACCAGUCGACAUAUUUGCUAAAAUUAAAGCCUUCCAUCUCAAAUAUGAUGAAGUUCGUCUAGAUCCAAAUGUUCAGAAAUGGGACGUCACGGUAUUAGAACUCAGCUAUCACAAACGCCAUCUGGACCGACCAGUUUUCUUGCGGUUCUGGGAAACCUUGGAUAGGUACAUGGUGAAGCAUAAAUCCCACUUGAGAUUCUGAGUUACUUGGUUCCUCCCUCCUCUUCUGAAAAGCUGAGUUAAGAAGCAAUGGAAUACCUUGACCUAGAGACUGGGUUCAGCUUUAUGAAUUCGGCGAUGAACUUGGAAGUGCCAGGACUCGCGCUGACGCUUUGUGCUGCAGAGCGGCGGUGGCCGUCAUCCGUAUCAGCAAACUUUUUGGCUUACAGCUAUUUUUUUAAUAUUAGCCUUCUAGUCUGUAAUGGAAAUUGUAUAUUUUGAUAGAAGUUUUUUCUCUAUUGGUUAAAUUAGCAUUACUUAAAGUUUGUUUCUUUAGAAAUACAGGUUAUAAAUGUGUGUAUAUUUAGAGGUUAUAAGGCUUCCUAAGCCAUCCUGCUUCUGAUUUUUCAUUGCUCUAUGAUCCCUUCCACGGAAAAUACUGUGUUAAGAGUGGUAUUAAAUGUUAGACUUUGGAAACUUAAAAGACACAUAAAAAGGGAUGUGACUAUUUUGAAUGAAUCAAAAUGUCAGCCUGUACAUCUAUACUUUAUUUAAAAAGGAAUAAUGAAAAAUCAAGAACAAUUCUUUGUCUUUGGUUGAACUGUUCAGACUUUUUUUUCUUUUAUAAAUGAAUAUAUUGAAUGAAUGUACAUUCUUCUCACUGACUUUGAUGAUUUUAAAACUUAGAAUGAUAUAUUUCUAUCUGGGAUAUCUUUCCACUUGGAAAAUCUCAAAACAGAUUUAAAACGUAAUAGGCUUGUAGGGGUUUUUUAUUGGGGGAGCUAGAGUAUGAUUUGGGGAAGAAUGAGUAUCAGUCCUAUUGCGGUGUAUCUUUAACUUUCUAUUGUUUCUCAUAAGUCCACUUUUGAUUGUUACUUUAUAUGGUAUAGGAUUUUCAAGUCUUCUAUUUCUAGGCAGGUCAGUUUUGGUCUUAGCUUUCAUUAUCCGUAUAUACUGAAAAACUCCCAGCCACCAAAGAACAUAUUUGCUCAAGUGUCUGAACAGAAACAAGAUAAAAAAAAACAACAAAAACACUGGUAUUUUUAUGUGUGUAUUCAAUAUGCUAUAAAAUAUAAAACAUAUUUUAACUUAGUGACUAUUUUACUACUUCUACUUCAGGCAGUGUUGUGUCCAAGGUACAGGAGUGGCCCAGUUCCUUGAGUCCCGACUUUGGCUUCCACUGCUGUAGAACGGCUGGGAACUUCCUGCCUUGUUUCCUUGUUUUUGCCGUUAGAACUACUGCUGUCCGUUCGCUCUUAGGUUUUUUCCUCUCUAGAGAUGCUGUCUUAGGCUAGCUUUUUUUCUUUUUCUUUUUUUUUUUUAAACAGCUAGCUCUUUCUUACCUACUCAGCUGACAUUACCUCGUGUUCUUUUUGCAAUUUAACGCUAUCAUAAAGCUUAGAAGCAAUCAUUUUUUAUUUUUAAAGCAGCCACACAGAUCCAUACCAAUAAAACCUGGAACCAGUAUGAAUUCAGAUGGAAUUCACAGGGCUCUUCUGAAGACAAGCAGUCAGCAUUUUAAACGACAGGCUUUAGUGUAUUUGUAAGAUUUGAACAGUGUGCUUACAUUUUCCCCUUCUUUGCACUUGCUCCUUGAAUAAAAGAAACUCACUUUGUUCACAUUAGAAUUUCUCAGCAUAUAAAUCUGUUCUCAAAUUAUGUAUUGUGUAAACUUUCUCCAUGUGGACAUUUUUAGGGACAGACUCUGUAGUACUUGAACGUACGCUUACCCCUGUUAGGACUGCUGCAAGUGGGCGCGAACUACCUUUCCAUAAAGACUUUCGGUAUUUACACUUGUAUAUGAAACUCACUUGAUACAGAGUAUGGUUAAAACUAACAUCUACUUUGAACAAGGUUUAUUUUUCUAUUUUAAAUUUGCCUUAUGUAUAUUCAAAAACUUCUGGAAAUACUGUAUGGAACGUGAGGUAAAGUACAACUCUGCUAUGC